GUUGUAAUCCUGUGAGCUUCUCCAAGUAUUUGGACGAAGGAAGGAUUAUCACAAUGUAUAGAAAGACACGAAGAAAAUGCACUUCAUCACCAAGGAAGUUUUUCGACCGGUAAAAUUGCGAUUUUAAAGGAUUUGGUAUUGACCAAUCUGAAAAAAAAGGAAAAAUGGGAAUCAAAAGAAAACUAGAUGAAUACGAUGAAGGCGGAGAGAAAAAUAUUGAGCCUGGCAUUCAACGGCAGUCAGUUUUGGACAUAUCAAUGUUCAAACUUCAGACCCACCCUUCUAGAAGAGUAGAGCCAUCAUUACUACGCUCAGUCUUAAUUCUUAAUACUCUAAAACACAUAGAAUGUGAACUUCAGAAAGAAGGAGUUUCAAGCGAUUUUUCUGAAGCUGCCUCAAUGACUUUAAAUGAAAAUUCUGACAUGUCAAUGGAUGUAUUACCAGACUGUGAAAAUAUUGGGAAUGGAGACAUCCAGUCGGAUAUGUCUGAACUCCACAUCAGCAACAGCAUGGAGACUACAAGUCUAUCAAUUCCAAAAGACACUGUCAACCCACUCCCACCUAUUGAGUCAUUUGUUGAACUAUCUAGUGCUUUUCCUCUCUCUAGUGGAUCAUCAUUAUCUUGUGGACCUCUGAAAGUCAAAAACUCUUGUCAUGAUUCCAAAGAACAAUUUACAAGCUCUGAACAACAUAGUAAUAUGCAGCUGAAUUUCCCAGUGAAGACUGAAGACAUUUUGACUGACAUAGAUGUAUCAACAUGUGAUUUUGACAUUUUCUCAUCUCUCGCCUCAAGUAUGAAACUAACACCGCUAAGUGCAGAAGAAGUUAUGCAUUCAUUUCCUGUGCAUGAUGGCUAUUCAACGCUGUUCAGCAAUUGUAGUCAAGUGGGUGCAUCAUGUAAGAGCGACCUCAUGCCAGAAGAUAUUGACAAUAUAAUGCAAAUAUUAGUUGGUACCUAGUUGAUGUUGAAAUAUAUUGAAUCAGUUCAUAAUUAUAUUUUCCACAGACUUAACACCAUAAUGCUGUGAAUAACAUUUUAAAAGGGAGGUGCAGGGAUAAGGUUGUGAUCCCAGGAUGAAGCACCACAGCCAUAAUGUGUGCAAUUCUGUAUGACUAUUUAUAAGUUUUGUUGUCCAAAUCUUGCACAAAAGACAAUUGAUAUAAGUUAUUAUUGAUGUGUUGUUUAGUGAUAUGAGUUGUCAGUAUACAAGAUAUUUAUAUUUAUUUCUCAAACGCAAAGAUUACAAUUGUCAUUAUUUAUGAGUGAAAUCAAGGUUAUUUAUGGUUUGUUUGCUGUAUUGAAUUGGCAGCAUGCAGGAUCAUUUGUUGUUUUAACUUCUGUUUUUAUAUUGAAAUGUGUUUCUUGAAUUUGCAACUGUACUUGAAUUUUGUGAUUGGAACAUUUUUAUGACAGGUACAUUUUAGAAGACUUCCAUAUUCAGCAGAGUCUUAGUGGUGAAGUUUUUGCAACCCUGACAUUCUAUCUUGUAAACUCUCCACAUGUUGUGAGAGGUAUUUUUAGGUUAAAUUAAAUUAGGCAUAGGGAUUGUAAUUUUCAGUUCUUUCACAAACAUUUUUACCACAUGCACACUGUUGAUGUGUGAAUGUAUAAGGUAGUUAUUCUUCAAGGUAUGAAAUAGUUUUAAAAUGUCAAAAAAGGUAUAUGUAAAGAUUGUCAAAAACCUGUAGUUUAAAUUUCUGUCUCAUACUUAAGCCUUGGAAGAAAAUAUUUUUGUGAUAAAAUUCAAAUGUUUGAAAGCAUUAUUAUUACAGUGUUAAUCAGUUAUGUGUUGCCUUUUCAUUUUAAAAAAAUGGGAAAGAUCAAUGAUUGGCAAUUUUGUGAAAGAUUAUAUCUUUGUUGUAUAAAAUGUAUUUAACUUUAUGAAGUCACAAUAGAUUAUAUAGGAGUUAAAGAAUACAGUAUUAUGCAAAUUCUGUUGUAUAAAUCAAGAUUCCAGAGUUGUUGGUGCCUGUGUACAUCAAAGCUAAUUGCCAACAUGUGAAUUAAACCCGGUCAUUUCUUGAAAAAUGCAGCAUCUCAAGAAAUGUUUGCAUUUAUGACAAUUUCCAUCCAAAUUUUUUCAAUUCCAAAUUGUAACACCAUGUUCGUAUUGUGUGAAAGUUUUAUCCAUCCAAACAAGUAAUGUAUCCAAAAAGCAUCCAUAUAUAUUCUAGAGUGCUAUGUACCGAUCUCCUGCUAAUUCAGAACCAGUUAAAUGUUGCAUGGUGACCCAACAUUUAAAGUUGUUAAUUCCUAAUUAGCAUACUUGUAUCCCAAGGUCUAUUUAGGCCCACAUGGAGUAUUCAAAAAUUCCUAAUUGUGGUAUAUAUAUGGUUUCAUCUAUGAAGGCUCGGCCGUGGCCAGUAAUAGGGAUGCAGGCAAUUUUUAAAUGUUACUUAAUGAAAUGAACUCACGGAGAUGAUUGGCAAAAUAUUGAAUAUGGUUGUUCUAGAAGUGAAGAUAUAUGUGCUACACUCUUGAUUGAGUGCGAUUUUAAAUGGUUUGUAUUUUUAUAUUGGAUAUGUCAUAUCCUGUACCAAAAUCAUUAUUUCAUUGUAAUUUAAAUUGUGUGUUAUUUUAUGCUAAGAAUCUCCACAAUUCCACAUAUAUUUAUAUGCUUUAGAACAUUUCAUGUCUCAUGAAGAAAGAUAACAUUUUGCAAAGCUUGAACUUUUUGUAAUGGCGGCACAAAAUGGAAUCUCAAUUCUUUUUAAAUUUUUGGCUCAAUGAAUAAGUACAAUACCAGACUAGUCACCAGAAGUAUAUAAGCAUUGAUUGAUUAAUUUAUUUUUGUGAUAAAUAUUUAUCAGCAAUGCUCCUUCAUCAGGAGUGAUUUGCUUGACAUAACAUGUACAGGAGUUAGGCCUGCAGAACUUCUUGCACAUUUAUAUGCAACUUUGUAUCUAUGAUUCCCUAACAUUGAAAUUCUGUUAAAGCUUUUCCUUGACAUUCUGACAUCUGAAGAUUGACACAAAAGUCACAUAGAAAUUGUACUUGCAUAUAAUUGCCAUUGAAAAUGGAGGAGAUAUGAAUUCUCUUUUCUCAUAAAUCUGGCAUUGUAACCUGCAUGGGUUCACAUACUGAUUCUCUUCUUAAACAUAAAUGAACUUAAUCAGCUGGAACAAUGGUAUGCAGGAUAUGUAUGAGGGUGUCUGGUUAGAAAGUUUGCAAAGAUGUUUCCAGUAUUAAUGGGUUUUUCUGCAGUUAUCUAUAGCAUAUUGAGGGUGACUAAGUGUUUAGAUAUGACUAAUUGAGUCUCUUUUGCCACAAAAUGUACUUUUCCCAAUUGUCUGAAAGCUUAAUGUUAUAGUAUAACCAUUGACCAGGAGCUAGUUAGUAUAUAUGGAAAGAAAUCAUUUCAAAUAGCAUCAGAGAGGUACAAUGCAAUUUACUGUUUAUUUGAUGGCACUGAGCUGCAGUGCCAUUAAUUUACAUUAUAGGACAAAAUUGGCGACUGAACUUAUGAGUAUGGAUGAGGAUCUGUGCUCUUCUAGAAAGUUCAUGUAAUUACAUCUAGCCGAUAGAAACAUAGUCACAAAACCCUUUCCUUACCCACAUUCCAAAUGGCCACAUUUCCUGUUAUUUUUGUCAAAUUCUUUAUAGCUGUUUUAUCUGUCACAAUUAGUGUCAAGGUAACAGCAAACAAAUUACAGUGAUGUAUUCUAUACAGUUACAUGCAGCAUGCUUUUGCCAGGUAUAUUUCUCUACAUAAUAAUAGCAAAAGAUAUUCUGAAAGGGAAGUAUUCUAAAUGGCAAGUUGAAAAAAGUGAUAGAAUAAAUUUAUACAGAACAUUGUAUAAUAAAUCUUUUGUAGCCAUUUGGCUGACUACAAAUUUUAAAUAAAAGAAUGUCAAAAAGUUUAUCUACAAGUACAUUGUCAUAUGCAUUACAAGUACAUUGUCAUAUGCAUAACAAGUCAGUUCAGUACAUUUUUAACUAUUUAUGAGGAAAAUACAUGUAUAAAUAUCAUUGUCACUUGUUGUAGAAUAGAGUACAAUUAUGAAUUUAUGAAUGUCAUUAUUUUAUAAGGACUGAAACCAUAUCAUGUUUUCUGUUGAUCUAAUUUGAAUCAUGCUCAUUAUUUUUUUUUUUUUUUUUAAACAAAUCAAGCAUUUCAUUAAUUGUAUUUGAGCCAAAUCACAAUUCAUAAUUUUACAAUAUGCAAUAUCUAAUUUAUUGUAAUAUUUACAUGAAUUAAUGUAAAUAUCCAUAUUAUUUAUUUUGUACAAAGUGCAGAUUUAUCAAAUUAUGAUACCCUUAUCAUUUUUAUACAAGAUAAAAAUGUGGAUGAUGCUGGGCACAGUAGAAAGCUGUUUUGCUCUUCCUUAUUGUAUGUAGUGUUAAGUAGUGUUAAAUACAAGAGUUUUUAACAGAAACAUUGAAAGGUAUUUUUUACGCAUUCAGGUUUUUCUAGAUGAUCGAAUAUUAUUUGUAAUUCAAUGUUGGUAAAAUGGUCUCAAGUUACCAUCUGUUGAAGAUUUUAUAUUAUGCUGUCAAAAGCUUGGAUGAUUCAUUGAAUGGUUUUGUUGAAGGAAUUACAGAGUUUAUGAAUCUUUCGGAUGUGGUGAAUGUAAUUUUGAACAGCAUUUGUAAUGUCUGAAAAACAUAGAGAAAUUAUUGAUGAGUAGCUUGAAACUUUGGAGAUUGAAUACCAGAUACAUACUCUAUAGUUGUAAUCAAAAUAUGUUUGUUUGGAAUUGUUUAGAAAGUUCAAACAUUGGAGUUGAUUAUUGGUGAAGAAGUGAUGUGUUGGAAUGUCUUCCUAAACUUCCAUCUCUCUGUUGAUGAAACGAAUAACAUCUUACUAAAAUUUUAAAAACGUGUAUAUUUAAAUGGACAUGUAUUGGAUGAUAAAAAACAUGCAUAUAAACCCUGGCAGUGAUCACAAAAUCCAAUCCUAGAAAUGAAAUUCUAAUUUGAACUGACCAAUCAAAAGAGGGGCUUUAUUAUGGGUAUAUCCCAAAGAAUUUCCAGUUAAUGAUAGUUUAGAUAAUUUGGUAAACUGAAGGGGAUCUAUGUCCAGAGAGAUGGAGUGGUCUUGUCUGUGUUCUGGGGGUGACCAUGCAUAGGUAUGGUUUUUCCCGCUGAGUUAUGAUUAUAAAAUGUGAUAGAAGCAACUGUGAACCUUCUGAAUGCAAUAUGUAUAUAUUUUGUUUGUUUGUUUUUUUUUUCCCUGUAUUUUUUUUACCAUCAAAAACAUUGCUGUUCCAAUUCAAAUGUUCAUUUUUUUUGGGGAGGGGAUUUAAUUCUGUUCAACAAUAUCUUGUUUGAUAUGCAUUGGUCCAUAUUUUGACCUCUGAUUAAUAACAAUUUUAUAAUAAAUGGAAAUGUUUUUAACCAAUGAUAAUUUCUGUCAAAGGAUGGGUAUGACAAUUGAAUGGGAAAGCAAUGCUUUUGAUAAUUUCACCUAUAAUGGAUUUUGUAGAAAUGUAUGUAGAUUUAGAAAAUUUGGAAUUUUAUAAAUACAUAAUAUUGAAACAUUAUAUAUAUAUAGAUGAUUUAUUGAUGUUUCAUUUGAGGCUGUUUUGUUUGUCAAAAAACUCUUUGUGCUGGAAAUUAGCUUUAGUAUUCCCAGAAACCAUUUGCAUAGUUUUACAGCUAAAUAGAUAUCUUUGGGAAGAAAACGCCCGAUGAACAGGUGCCGGUUUUGCCGACCUGCAGGUUUUCAACUGGCUUGAAAUAUAGAUACAGAGGUGUUGAUGCAACAGGGUUGUGUACUGCUUGUGCAAUAAUGGGUCUGGGUGGGGCAUGGUCAGUGAAUAAAUGUCACUGGCGUUUUACCACAUGUGCCAUAGCUGUCUCUCUCCAAGCAUCCAGUUCUUACACUGCUCACUCAACUUGAAAACAGUACAUGCUUAUACAGGGUAGAAACACAGAAGUGACUUGUUACAAUUUUUAUUUUUCUCCGAGUGAAGAACAAAUUGGAGAUAUUUGUUCAAAAGUCCACUAGUCCGAGUUGCAGGACUGUAAUAUUACACUUUUGGGCUGGUUGGAGUUUUUUGGCACUAGCCUGCUGCUUGCUUUGAUCUGACUAUAUUUUGUACACCAUUGCUCAUUCUAAAGCCAGUUGUAAGUCUGUAAGCCAUCAGAUUUUUUAUGCCUUUUGACACAUAUAUGUCAUUUCUGUAACUGCAUACUUCUUGAAUAACCGAGAGUCAAUAACAAACAUCUUGUUCUCUCCAUCAUACCAGAUGUACUUGUUUCCUAGUUUCUGUCAGUUUUGAGAUAGGCUUGUGUAGUAUGUGUCAAUGGGUGUUAGAACUGUGGCUAAUUGGUCCUGUUUGAUCUGAUCCGUAAUCAUUAAACUACUGGCCUACAUUAAACAUUGAGUAUGAAUAUGACCUUUGUGCCCUUUCUGCCAAAGUGACCUUUCAGGUAUUGGCAGUGAUAUUUUGAUGUAUACAUGUAUGACACUUCUAAAAAAAAAUGUCUUGCAUGAAUAUAUAUAAUAUGAAUAAUAUAUAAUUGUAUAUAUGUUUUAAACUUCAUACAGCUGCAUUCAAAAUUGAAAUGUUUCAAUUGAAAUGGGAUCAAUUUGUUACAAAUGAAACGUUGACAAAAAUUAAGGUUUUUUGUAUGUUUUUCAAAUCACUAUUUUUGUAAGUUGUACACAACAAUGAUAUUGAUAAUGACUUGCAAAUAUGAUGAGGCGAUAUUUAGGCGAUCAUGCUGGGAGCAUGGUAACACUAAGGUUUUGGAACUAUCCACACAACGCAACACUUGAAUGCUCAGUGUGCUGGUAAACUUGGAUAGGAUUAGAUCCUGUACAAUGUUACAAUCCUUAAAGUUUGUUUAUUGUGUAAAACUUUCCACAACAUUGAUAAUCAAUUCAAUAUCUUUUAAUCUAGCUUGGUUCAAAUCAAGUUUUUAGGACCACAGGAGUUAUUUGUUGAAUGUACUUAAAGGGAUGUAGUUUUAUACAAGAUCUCGUUCUUCUUUGGUUAUCAAUCAAACAAGUGCUACUUACAAGUAUAAGCCUCAUGAAAUAUGGUUGGUUUGUUGAACUACCAUACCUUUGAUGUAAUAUUGUGUAAUAUGGCAAGGAAAAUUUGUUAGAACUUGAAUGGUUGAUACAGUGCUCGGCCUCUUGUGAGUAGCCAAUCAAAUACUGCGCCAGGAUUUUGAAUUUUCUUUUUGCAAAUGUCAAGUAUUAAAUAAAUUUAAAUUACCAUGGAGAUGUUAAUUUCACUAUGUUGUCAUUUUUCUUUAAGGAGAUUUAUUAAGUAUUCUUGAAAAGUAAUAAAUUUUUCACUUUUUUUUUAUUAUUUCAAUUAAAUGAAAGACAUGUUUAACAUUGGCUACUCCAAGAUUGGCAUCCCAUCAGGGAAUUGUUGGUAGAAUCUAUGCAGUGAUAGUUGAUUAUGUAUGUACCAGUAUAAAGUCACGAAACAAUAUCAGAGUUUUUUGAUGGUCUUUAUUAUUGAAUGGAUGUGCAUUAAACAGCUGUUGCAAUAAUUAACAGCACUUUUCCAUUUUAAAUAGUUUGCUACAAAAAUGACAAUGAUUAUUUUUAGAGAAAAAGAGAAAUAUUUCCUUAUGUAUUCUCAAAUCAACUACAAGUUUAAAUUUUAUGUCAGGCAAUACUGCCUUUAACCUUGCCACUACAAAGCUCUGGAGUGACUCUGAUGUGAUCAUGUGUCAUAAUAACAAUCUACAUUAGUUGUGUCCAAGUGAAACAUUUGAACUGAGAAUCAUACAUUUCUAUGUUUACAGAGUGAGCACAAUAUGUGGAGUCAUGAACGUAUACCAUUGUGAACUUUGUACAGUUGCUAUACUUUAAUAAACAUUUUUAUAAAUGA